AUGUCCUCUCAUCGUUUAAAUACGACCCCUUCUAGGGCAGACCGCGACAAUGCUUCUUUUCUCUCUCCGGUCGCAUACGACGACGAUGCUUCAUCACUCCACUCCCGUAGCGAUCAAGAUACCGAUACCGACGAUGACGAGCUUAUAUCGCGUGCCAGAAAUAGCAGAGAGCUGCGCGCCCACGAUCGCAUUGUCUUGGUGGAAGAGGAUGAUAUCGAUCGACUUGUUACCGAUUCGCGACAGAAGCAAGAACGGGAACGCCGAGGCUCAGGACUUGCUGUACCCAAGCUGGGCAAAAUCUUCAGUCGACGAGGAAGUGGUUCGGGAAAUCGUUCAGUCAACAGUUCGACAGAAAACCUCGUAGUUGAGAAACGGAAUACUCGGCGCCAGCGAAGACAGAAGAAGCGCAAUACACUCGUGGAGCAUGCGCAGCAUGGAGAAGAUGGCGAGUUGAUGUACGAGAUGGAGGAGGGAGGGAUGAAAGAAGGGAGCUCCACUGGCGAGAGUAGCGAGAGGGACGAUAGUGACGAAAUAGAUCGGCAUCAUCUAAACCUGAUCGCCGAAGCAAAGGCCCAGCGACGUCGUAGCUGGCGUCGAUGGGUUUUUAUUCACUCUCUUAUCGCCAUUGGUUUCGCGAUCCUGAUUCUGUUGGCCUGGAAGCUGUCCAAGAACCGAAAGAGCAGGUACAUCAAGGUGAACCAGAAGCUCGUCAGCAAUGGAACUGCGCUUUUCGCGCCAACAUCCCUUAUCAUCAGCCUAGACGGAUUUCGCGCCGACUUCCUACAGCGUGGACUUACGCCCACCUUGAACUCGUUCGUCGCUGAAGGAGUAUCGCCGAAAUGGAUGCACCCGUCGUUUCCAUCGGUUACUUUUCCGAACCACUACACGCUCGCAACCGGUCUGUACCCUGAGAGCCACGGCAUCGUCAGUAACACUUUCUGGGACCCUGAGCUUCAAUCACAAUUCUACUACACCCAUCCCGGUCAAAGUCUGGAUCCCAAGUGGUGGGGAGGGGAGCCUUUCUGGGUAACGGCAGAGAAACAGGGAGUUCGAAGCGCUAUCCACAUGUGGCCGGGAAGUGAGGCUCAUGUUCUGCACACUGAACCAAGCUUGAUGGAUAAGUUCAACGGCAAGGAAACACUCGACAACAAGGUCUCUAGAAUCAUGGAGUUUCUCGACAUGCCCGGCCUGGAGGACAAGACAGUGGAUGUCAGCGACAUGCGACCUCAGUUGAUAGCCGCCUAUGUUCCUCACGUCGAUAGUGAUGGUCAUAAAUUUGGACCUAACUCGACUGAAAUUCGCCAGACCAUUCAGAAAGUGGACGGAAUGCUGGGAAAGAUCUUCCACGGUCUCGAAGAACGCAAUCUGACUGACAUUGUCAAUGUGAUUGUUGUCUCGGACCACGGCAUGGCAACAACAGAUAUCUCACGCCUGAUUCAACUUGAAGACCUUAUCGACAUGGAUAAAAUUGAGCACAUCGACGGCUGGCCCCUCUAUGGUCUUCGCCCCAAAAACCCAGAUGAUCUCCGACCACUUUAUGAUCAGCUGAAAAAGAAGGCCAAGUCGAACCCGAAUUUUGAAGUCUAUCUCCGGGAUGUAGACAUGCCUGAGCGAUACCAUUUCUCCAAGCAUCCUCGCAUUGCUCCUCUAUGGGUGGUGCCUGAGACAGGAUGGGCCAUUGUCACCAAGGAAGAAUUUGAUGUGGAAGAAGGAAAGAAGAACAAUCUCGUCUAUCACCCUCGAGGUCUUCAUGGUUAUGAUCACGAACAUCCACUUAUGCGGGCUAUUUUUAUUGCCCGCGGCCCUGCCUUUCCCCAUCCGGCAAACAGUCAAAUUGAUGUCUUUCAAAACAUCGAAGUGUACAACAUGCUGUGCGACUCAGUCGGCUUGACACCUAGCCCCAACAACGGAACAUUGCGGUUACCACUGAAACCGAUCGGUGUUCACAAGCCCGAGGAUACACCUGAGGAGCCGGAAGACCCCCCGACCGCCUCCAAGGAGUCGGCUCGUCCAACUGUGGGGGAUGAGCCUACUCACCCUGAACGACCGACCGUUCCUCAAAAGCCUAGUCAGCCUGGCCGGCCAACAGUCCCGAUUGCUCUUUCGGAAUCAGCCAAGACUACCACAGUCUCGCUCAAGAAGCCAGCGAAACCGUCCAAGUCAGCAGCUCCAUCUAAGGAGAGUGUUGACAAGGAUGAGGAUAGCGAUAGCGAUAGUGACGAUGACGAUGAUGACAAAGACGAGAACAUCUGGGACUGGUUUACACAUAAGGUGGAAAAGGUCUGGCACAAGAUUACUAGCGAUGAUUAA